UAAUGUUUAAUGAGGUUUGUCUCCCAAUUAAUGCGCUUUCCCGUGGGUGCCCCACUCCCAGAGCGAAGCACCACCGAGCAACACGCCGAGGCGAUGGGUGACGAGCAAGCGCCCGAGCAGGGCCUGGACAGGUUCAGCUACGACUAUGACACCAUCCGCAACGGGGGGCUGAUCUUCGCCGUUGUGGCUUUUUUGAUCGGGCUCCUCAUCAUCCUCAGCCAGCGGUUCCACUGCGGAGGGAAGAAGAAGCCGAGGCAAGGGAACCAGGAGACCCUGUAGGUGCAGAGCUGCUGUGCCACCAUGGAAGCAGAGCUGCGUCCAAAUCCUUGCCAAAGGCCACCCCUUCCCCCGCUCCAGUGGAUCCAUUACCCUGCAAGGCCAAAAUGCAAAUUACCCUCGUGCUUCUUCUCCCUCCCUUAGACCCAGCGAGAGUUUCUUGUCUAAUAAAGUUCGAGCUCAGAGAGUUUAAACUCCGUACCCAAA